AUCCAUCUCACUUCAUAUCGCAGCCAUCGAUAUUAUCUCCGCAUCAACUGCGUCAGUAUCAGCUGGCUCUACUCGACCAGUCCAUUAAAUGUCCCUGAUUCAACACGUCUCGUCGAUUGAAGGCGUUGAUCGCGAGCCUGCCGCCGAUGCAGUGAUAUCACCAAGGAAGGCGGUACACCGGGUACUGAGCUACGAUGCUUUUCCUCGCCGCAACGAAGAUGAUUCGCAAUCCAGCGUUGCAGCAUACAAGGUUUUUGUGACUAAAAGAAUAGCUCAGGUAAUUGCAACUAUCUUGGCGUGUUGGGUGGCAUCAGGUAUUGUCUUUGGGUUCGCAGCGCUGAAACCGGUGCUCCUGUCAGAAGGUGUCUAUGAGUGGUUAUGUGAUAAGGACGAAUUAGAAAAUGGAGUCGAGGUCUGCUUCAAACAAGAGCUACAGCUCAACCUCUUCUUCACAAUCGCCUCCAUCACUGCAAAUGUUUCUGCUCUGCCGAUUGGGACGAUGCUUGACCGCUUUGGACCACGAUUUUGCAACCUUGCUGGCUGUCUCUUUCUCGCCGUCGGUAGUCUACUCAUGUAUUUGGCUUUCAGGAUACCCGAAUUCGAUGGCUACUUGAUUGGAAACUUCUUCUUGUCACUAGGAGGCACUUGCAUCUUCGUGCCAGCCUUUCAAAUUGCCAAUGCUUUCCCCAAGCACUCAGGUGUCAUCGUUGCACUAGUUACAGGAGCGUUCGAUGCAUCUGCUGCCGUAUUCCUAUUUUAUCGACUCGCGUACGAGGCUAGCGACCGCGGUUUACGACCCGAAUACUUCUUCUUGGGUUAUUUGUCCGUGCCAUUGGCCAUAUUCCUUACGCAAAUCUUCCUUCUACCAGCAAAACCAUACAAAACUGCGUCUCAGUUGGAAGAAAAAAUUGAAGCAGCACGAGAUUCUUCACGAGAUAUUCACGACUCGGAUGACGAAAUCUCGGACGCAAACGAAGUGGCAUCUUUACGAGCGGCGCGGCGCAAGAAGAGGCAAGCCAAGCUCAGGAAUAUCGACAAUGUUCUGGGUGGGCUUGAUGAACGACAGCAUCGCGAAGAGCAGGAAGAGGAGCGACAUGCCGCGGCGCGAGUCUGGGGAGUGCUUCACGGCGAGCCUAUCCAGAGACAGUUCAUGUCACCAUGGUUCAUUCUCAUCACACUGCUGACCGUGCUACAAAUGCUGCGCAUGAACUACUUCAUCGGCACUAUUCGCGCCCAGUAUGAAUACAUGCUAAACUCGGAGGCUUUGGCUCAGCAAAUCAACAACCUUUUUGACGCGGCACUCCCGGUUGGAGGAGUCAUAACCACGCCUUUCAUCGGCUUCUUGCUGGAUCACUUGAGUGUACCAAACACACUUACCCUGAUUGUUUUCUUGACUACAGCUGUCGGCGUGCUGAAUUGUUUGCCUUAUCUCUGGGCCGGCUAUGUGACGGUAAUACUGUUCGUUCUUUUGCGGCCGUUAUACUAUUCAGCCAUGUCGGACUAUGCAACCAAAGUUUUUGGUUUUUCGACGUUUGGCCGUAUCUACGGCGCAAUCAUUUGCAUUUCUGGCAUUAUCAGCUUUGCGCAAACUGGACUUGAUGCUUUGACGCAGGGGACAUUAAAAGGCAACCCGACUCCUAUCAACAUUGCUCUUGCGGUACUGACGUUUAUCAUCGGAACGAUUCUUGUAGUCUUCGUGAAGGUGGAGAGUCGACGUUGGCUGGCAGAAGGAGCAGAGUCGGAACGACAGGGAUUAUUAGAGGGGGUGGAAGAGGAGUCCGAAGAGGAAUACUAAUAUUUGCACUCAUAAGAAGCUGGAUAUAUUCUAAGAAUGCAUACUGUACAUGAAUAGUUAUAGAAUAACAUCAUCUGAUAGAGUAUCAGAUAGAUCGGACACCG